GAUUCGAUUCGAUUCCCAAAGAUUAGGCCUUGCCAGUGUAACUCUCUCUAGGGCUUGCAAUCUCCUAUCCUCUGCAAAUUCUUGGCCUUCAUUCGCCCUCAAAGAAAACCAAGACGCCCUUGUUUUCGUCCUCCAAACUCAUACCCUAAGUCCAUUCACCGCAUUUGAGAGGUUCAGUUUUCUCUUGUGAAUUCGGGUUCUCGAGGUUAUAGGGUUUUGAUCGGGGUCCAAGAAUUCCUCGAGAUGGACACCUCCCAAGGAGUCGACGACUACAUCAAAGAAUCCAUUGAUCACUCCCUAGGGCUCCCCGUAUCCACGCGGACUCUGGAUUUGAAGCUUCACUCCUCCGAAGAGGCACAGCGCCGACUCCACAACCGGUGCCUUUCCCUACAGACCCAAUUGCAGGAGAAAGAAGACGUCAUCGAGCGCGUUAGGGCUGAAGCGAGUAUGAAUGCGUUAGCAUUGAAGAAGUUCGUGGAGGAGAAUCAGAACUUAGCUAUGGAGUGUGCAAAUCUUUUACGUCAACGUAAUAAGUGGGAGAGGGAGUGCUCGCUUUACGAUCGUGACCGCCAAGCCUUGAUGGAAUUUGGGAAUGAGACCGAUCAGCGUGCCAAGGAGGCCGAGAUUCGAGUUCAUGAGUUAGAGGAGGAGGUCAGAAGGAUUUGGGACGAAUUGCAGUUCUACAAGCAUGAAUACAACAUGCGUGCGGUUGAUUCAUCUACCGAUGAAACAGUUAUAGAGAACAAUUUACUUGAGUCAGUGCUAACAACAUUGAUCAUUAAAGAUGAUGUUGCAUCGGUACAUGGUUUCUUGGAGGCCAAUAGCAGGCAUGAGUCAUGUCAAACGAUGUUAAAAAUGUGGAAUUGCUUGAGGCCAUCAACCCAAAAAGUCCUUUCAUUAGCUGCUGAAGUGAAGAUACUUGAGAAAGAUAAGGAAUGUCUAAGGGUUAACCUUACUAGAGCUAAAGAGGAGGUAAAAGUGCUGUUUGAAGAAAAUAACAUAUUGAAUGAGGAGAAUACAAGGUUACUGAGGCAAUACCAGAAAGAAAGAAGCCAUGGUUCUGGUGGGAAACACUCCGGCAGUGCUUCUGCCACGGCCAAGUCAAACAAGCGAAAAUCAAUCCCCUCGAUGAGCAGCCCAAUUGAGAAGAAGCUUGAUUUUAAUGAUCUAGAUUUGUCAAGACAGCCCCUGUCAAUCUUGCAAUAUAACUCCUGACCCUACAAUGCACCGGUUCUAACAAAAUUUCGCAAAUAAGUUUGAUGUUCUAACAAAAUGUCAGUGGCAACUACAAUUUAGAAGAUCUUGAAUUAAGAUUUAGUUUCCUGUCACAAUGACUUCUAGUAAAGGAAGGGCUUUCUUCCUUAUGGAGUUUGUCAUUUGUCUGUGGAGGUAUACUAUAGAGAAAGGUUAACAGUUGAAUUAUGAUUUUUG